UGCCCGGUAGUGACGUCACAGCGCGCGCGUGGCGAGGCGCCUCUUCCGCAAACAAGAGUCGUGGAUGGCUAGACGUGUUAGUUCAUGAAGUUGUGCCAUCUAAGUAAUCAAAAAUGGAAAAUUCGGCAAAAGCAGAGGAAUGUGAAAAGCUCUCUCUUAAAGAGGCAAAAACAUCAAUAGAUUCAGAAACUGAAUCUUCAUUCAGUAUUGAUGAAAAUACAACCUCUCCCGGGACCAGGCUUUCUGAAAAGGCUCCUACUUGUGGGCUAGUGGGCUCUCCAAAAAAGAGAAAAAUGGAGUUUGAGGACGAUCUUGUAAAGGAAAGUUCUAGUUGUGGGGAAGACACUCCAUCCAAGAAAAGAAAACUUGAUGCUGGAAUUGUCCCAGAGGAAAAAGGUUCUGGAGAUGAUGAAGGCAUUUCAAGGAAAAGAAGAAUGGAAAGUGAUGGUUUUACAAAAGAUGAACCUUCUACUGGAGAUGGCACUCAGAAAAAGAGAAAAAUAGAACUUGAGGAUGUUCCCGAAAAGCGAAAGAACUUGGAAGAAGGACACAGCUCAGCAGUGGCUGCUCACUACAAUGAACUCCAGGAAGUUGGUUUAGAGAAACGUAGCCAAAGUCGAAUUUUUUACCUAAGAAACUUUAAUAAUUGGAUGAAAAGUGUCCUCAUUGGAGAAUUUUUAGAGAAGGUGCGGCAGAAAAAAAAACGUGAUAUCACUGUUUUGGACCUGGGAUGUGGUAAAGGUGGAGAUUUGCUCAAAUGGAAAAAGGGAAGAAUUGACAAGCUAGUUUGUACUGACAUUGCUGAUGUUUCUGUCAAACAGUGUCAGCAGAGGUAUGAGGACAUGAAAAAUCGUUGUCGUGACAAUGAAUAUAUUUUCAGUGCAGAAUUUAUUACUGCUGAUUGUUCAAAGGAACUUUUGAUCGAUAAGUUUCGUGACCCAGAAAUGUGCUUUGACAUCUGCAGUUGUCAGUUCGUCUGCCAUUACUCGUUUGAGUCCUACGAGCAGGCUGACAUCAUGCUCAGAAAUGCCUGUGAGAGGCUGAGCCCUGGAGGCUAUUUUAUUGGUACCACUCCUAAUAGCUUUGAAUUGAUAAGACGCCUUGAAGCUUCAGAAACAGAAUCAUUUGGAAAUGAAAUAUAUACUGUGAAAUUUCAGAAGAAAGGAGAUUAUCCUUUAUUUGGCUGCAAGUAUGACUUCAACUUGGAAGGUGUUGUGGAUGUCCCUGAAUUCUUGGUCUAUUUUCCAUUGCUAAAUGAAAUGGCGAAGAAGUACAAUAUGAAACUAGUCUACCAAAAAACGUUUCUGGAAUUCUAUGAGGAAAAGAUAAAGAACAAUGAAAAUAAAAUGCUGUUAAAAAGAAUGCAAGCCCUGGAGCCAUACCCUGCAAGCGAGAAUUCCAGACUUGCCUCUGAGAAGGCAGAUGACUAUGAACAUGCAGCAAAGUACAUGAAGAACAGUCAAGUGAGGUUACCUUUGGGAACGUUAAGUAAAUCGGAAUGGGAAGCUACAAGUAUUUACCUGGUUUUUGCAUUUGAGAAGCAGCAGUGAGCACAUCACGUACUCCGUAGCCCCAGGACAGCUGUGUUCCACCUUGUACAGAUUUGAAUGGUCCAUCUUGUGUAGAUCUGACAACCUUGUUUAAUUAUUCUCAGUGUACAGGAUGCUGCUGGAAACUACAGUGUAUAAAGUCAACAUUGCUGUCUGUGACAGAUGAACUUGUAUGUAUAUAAGAGUGAGUCAGGACCUUUGUCUCUAAAAGUCUAUUUUUAAAUAAUGUUCUAAGAAUUCCAUUUGCAUCCAUUCUCCUAGCUUAUAAAAAUUAUAACAUACUCGUUAAAGCCACUGAGUUCUUUCCCCAG